AUGGCGUCGGUCGCCGCGUGGUUGCCCUUCGCCCGCGCCGCCGCGAUCGGCUGGGUGCCCAUCGCCACGCACCCCCUCCCGCCCCCACCCGUCCCCAAAGACAGGAGACGAGCCGAAGACGAGAAACUCCUCAUCAACGUCUCUGGAAGACGCUUCGAAACCUGGAGGAACACGCUCGAAAAAUACCCAGAUUCCCUCCUCGGCUCCACAGAAAGAGAGUUCUUCUACGAUGAGGACAGCAGGGAAUACUUCUUUGACAGAGACCCUGAUAUAUUCAGACAUAUACUUAACUACUACAGAACAGGAAAGCUGCAUUAUCCAAAACAUGAAUGCCUCACAGGUUACGAUGAGGAGCUAGCGUUCUUCGGGAUCCUACCUGAUGUGAUAGGCGAUUGUUGCUAUGAGGACUAUAGGGAUAGGAAACGUGAGAAUGCCGAACGGCUAAUGGACGAUAAGUUGAGUGAGGCGGGGGACCAGAGCUUGCCACAGCUGACGGAUUUGAGGCAGAAGAUGUGGAGGGCGUUCGAGAACCCUCACACGUCGACUGCCGCUUUAGUAUUUUAUUAUGUGACCGGGUUCUUUAUUGCGGUGUCUGUGAUGGCUAACGUGGUGGAGACUGUGCCGUGCGGGCACCGACCGGGGCGCGCAGGAACCCUGCCCUGCGGGGAGCGAUAUAAGAUUGUGUUCUUCUGUUUGGACACUGCUUGUGUCAUGAUAUUCACGGCUGAGUAUCUUCUCCGCCUGUUUGCGGCGCCGGACCGUUGCAAAUUCGUGCGUUCCGUCAUGUCAAUCAUUGACGUAGUAGCCAUCUUGCCAUAUUACAUUGGCUUGGGGAUCACUGACAACGACGAUGUCUCUGGAGCGUUUGUGACCCUUAGAGUGUUCAGGGUGUUCCGUAUCUUCAAGUUCUCCCGGCACUCCCAGGGUCUGCGGAUCCUCGGGUACACGCUGAAGAGCUGUGCGAGUGAGCUGGGGUUCUUGGUGUUCUCUCUGGCGAUGGCCAUCAUCAUCUUCGCCACGGUGAUGUUCUACGCGGAGAAGAACGAGCAAGACACGAAUUUCACUUCCAUUCCUGCUGCCUUUUGGUACACCAUCGUCACCAUGACGACGCUGGGGUACGGAGACAUGGUCCCAGGCACGAUUGCGGGCAAGAUUGUCGGCGGCGUAUGCUCGCUGUCCGGAGUGCUCGUGAUCGCUCUGCCUGUGCCUGUCAUUGUGUCCAACUUCUCUCGGAUCUACCAUCAGAACCAGAGGGCGGAUAAGAGGAAGGCUCAGCGAAAAGCCCGCCUUGCCCGCAUCCGCAUCGCCAAGGCGUCUUCUGGCGCAGCCUUCGUCUCCAAAAAGAAGGCUGCCGAGGCUCGCCUGGCGGCGCAGGAGUCUGGCGUGGAGCUGGACGAUGCUGGUCGGGAUGAAGACAUCUUCGAGUUGCAGCAUCACCACCUGUUGCGGUGCUUGGAGCGCACCACGCUGGUAGAGAACGUCUUUCGCAAUAGGUCCGCCCCUUGCACUGAUCGCGAGUUCGUAGAAAUGGAGAACCCAUUCAACGGCGCGGUGAAGCGGCCCGGGUCGCCUUCGCCAUUAGCGUCGCCCGCGCACUCUGGCCGCGCGCCUGCGCUGUUGGCCUGCUGCGCGCGAUGCGGCUGCUGUCCGCAGAAAUACCAGGUCCUGCUCUUAGAUUCGAGCAGAAAGAGCAGGAGGGGCACCCGGAGGUACACUGCGACCUCCCGUCCGAGCGAUACAUCCGUGUCUGCCGCGGCCAGCGAAGACCCUUUACCACAAGCAUGCGGCAAAUACAUUCCGGCGGGGAGCACCGUCCAGGGUAACCAGACGGGCGUAGCGAUGGACGGUACAUACUUAGUGGAGGCAUCGUUUUAGGGACCGUCCACCAGCGUCCACUUGGAGAGCUACGUAUAGUCCGUACGGACGGACCACUAUGGAACACCGUACGGACCUCCUAUGGAAUCACAUACGGACCCCCUUAGGAACCCCGUACGGAACCCCUACGAAACACUGUACGGUACACGGAUCCUCUACGGACAUCCUAUGGAACCCCGUAUGGAUCCCGAGAUCAGUGAGUUUAGACUCCGGAUAGUCCCCCAUACGGAUACCCGUAUAGAUCCUCGUAUGGAACCCCGUACGGACCCCCGUUCGGACCCCGUGAUCAGUGAGGGUGGAGAGACUAUUGACAACAAUUAUUAGAUGUAUGUAUAAUUACGUACCUAUUUAUCUAACAUGAUACUGCCUAUGAAUUAUCAAAUUUUUACGAUAUGCAGGUUGAUCUUGAAUGGAUUGCUUAAAUAUACGAAUUUAAUAUUAUAAUUAUAUGAAAUUAUUUUCCUUAUCAUGAC